CACACUUCGAUGUCGGGGUAUUUGAUGACCCAGUUUCCUCUUGUGGACACCAUCGAUGACUUCUGGACAAUGGUGAUUGACUACAGCUGUGAAAACAUCGUCGUUCUCGGAAAACCAACACAAAAAGAGGAUUGGCUCCUAGGAGAGGGCGGAGACUUUGCUGCAGGAAAUGCCAUUUCAGUAAAAAAGUUGCAGGACCGAUCGCCAAACACCGAGUUGGCUAUUGUAGACUACCAAGUUGAAAGGGAGCGAACCGGCAGUGAGAGUGAACCUAUCAGGAUGUUCAGCCUGUCCCAGUGGUCAUCGGACUCUUUACUGCCUCCAUCUGACUCGUCUCUUCUCCACCUUUUGGAACAGCUAGACAGUCGGCGACGGUCAGACAACACCAGACCUGUUGUUGUCAUGUGUCGGGACGGAUGUACACAAAGUGGACUGUUCUGUUGUAUAUCCAAUAUCAGAGAUCAAAUGAAGAUGGACGAGGAGGUGGACAUAUUCCAAACAGCAAGGCGGUUGAAAAAGCGGCGACCAGAGGCGCUAGAAAAUGUUAAACAAUACCAGUACUGCUACAACAUUCUGGGGCUAUAUCUGGAUUCAACUGACGUGUACGUCAACUGAAAAGAACUCAAUGCGUGUAUAGUGUUACACGCCAAAUGUAUA